AUGGUUGCGGGAACGGGAGCUGGUGCAGCUCUAGCAGGAGUUCGUACUAACAAGAACCCUGUGAGCCAGAAGCCCAACAUUCAAGUCAAGAUUGACAGACACUUCAAUUCCAAGGUCUACACCUCUGGAUCUACUAUUUCUGGCCAGGCCGUUGUCAAGACUCAAAAGGAUACUCAGUUUGAUGACUUUGACAUCAUCUUCUCUGGCAUUGCUGCCACUCGCCUGGACUUUGUUCAACAAUACCCUUCACACUCAUUCCGCCCCUUUAUGAAGCUGCGCAUGCCCAUCGACAGAUCUACUCUUCCAGACAGCCACGUCUUUGAAGCCGGCAAGACAUACACGAUUCCCUUCAACUUUGUCGUGCCUCAUCAUCUCACUAUUGGAGCUUGCAAUCACCACUGCUCUUCACCUGCGGUGAGAGACCAGCACUUGCGUUUGCCACCCACGGUUGGUUUCUGGGAAGGUGAUGAUCAGGCUCCGGAGAUGGCGCAAAUCGAGUAUUCGAUCAAGGCCAGAGCCUAUCGCAGAGCGGCUGAAGGAGGUGAUGCACCUAACAAGAUCAUGGAAGGCUAUCAUAUUCUGAAGGUGCUGCCAGCUCUGCCUGAAGAUGCGCCAUUGGACAUUACCUUUCGAGAUGAGCGCUACAACUUGUCCAAGACCAAGACGAUCCGCAAGAACCUCUUUUCUGCCAAAGCUGGGAAACUCACGGCCACUGCCAAUCAACCCAGCGCGGUGAUGCUGUCUGCGGACGGACAUCGCGCAUCCGGCUCGAUUGCUCGAAUCAAUCUCGAGUUUGCUCCUACUGCGACCGAGACUGCUCCUCCCAAGAUCAACUCUGUCUCUGGCAAGAUUGUGACGUCCACCUUUUUCGGUGCAGCUCCUACGGAUCUUCUCCCUAACCUGGGAAGCCGGGCCACGUAUACUGCCAACCCAUCCCUCAGCUACACGGUGUCCAACAAUGUCUUCAACAACAAGACAGUGGAGAAGCUGGCGUGGCAGAUGCGCAAUGUUUCAGGACGUCGAGACUCCGGAUACUCCAGCUUGGGAAACGCUGAUGAGGACCAGUCAGAGACUGACAGCUCUGAUGACGCGACCAAGAAGAGCAAGAGCUGCCCGAUUCGUCACAAUGCCACUUUGGACGUCCCGUUCAGCAUUCCCAUGUCGAAGAAGGUUUUCUUGCCCUCGUUCCACUCAUGCUUGAUUUCUCGCACCUACACUCUGCAUCUCAACCUGUCGGUUGGCCCUACCAAUACCGCACUGUCGCUGGCGAUUCCCCUGCAGAUUGGUGUUGAGACGAUUUAUGAGCCCCAGGACGGUGAACUGCCCAGCUUCGAAAGUGUCAUGGCCGAGGAUGAGCAAGCCGCUUCGGAUGGCCAGCUUAACGCUCGUGCCAUACAAUUCCCCGAGCUGAUGGAGCAUACGAACAGCAUGCUUCCCGGGUACGAAGAAAUCAGCAGACGAACAGUUCGCGUUGCGUGA